CUCAGCUGUGGAGCUGGGUAAACAAACUGGGAGGACUGAACACAGGCAGCAGCAGGGAGUUUUCAGGCUUUGGGUGGACAUUUGAUGUAGUUUCUAUUCAUUUUAUACCAUUUGUAACUGUUUUUCCUGAAUACUUUGCCACACUCGUUUUUCGAUUUUUGAAACGGCUGAAAACCUGAAUCACUAGGCUGCUAGCUACCUGCGUUGCAUAUUAAAACUGGGCAGAUAUUUUUCGACAGGGCUUUUAAUUACAGAGCCAGCAAACUAAACAGCUAACGAGACGAAGACAUUCAUGAAGUAACGUUUUGUGUUAUACUCAACGAGGAACAAUUAUUCCGAUUUUGGAUCUUGAACCGCAAUAGUACCUGUCUUUGAAAUAGUAUCACAAGUUGUAUAAAGGUUUCGCUAACGUUCGCUAGCUCCAGCAGAAUGACGGCAGUGCAGUUGAUGAACAUCCAGAGGUUAUUGGAAGCGGCAGAAUAUCUUGAUAGAAGGGAGAAAGAGUGUGAACACGGAUAUGCAUCGACGUUUCCGUCGUCAAUUCAGAACACGAACUACCAGAGGCAAAAUAAAUGUCGAAACAAGAAGUUCCACAAUAACCAUAACAGGUCUACACAUAAUGAGUUGGAGAAGAACAGGAGAGCCCAUCUGCGUCUGUGUUUGGAGAGGUUGAAGGCCCUCAUCCCUUUGGGAAAAGACUGUAACCGCCACACUACCCUGGGGCUGCUCAACAAAGCCAAAUCACAUAUUAAGAAACUUGAAGAGGCGGACCGUAAGAGCCGUAACCAGCUGGACAGUCUGGAGAGGGAGCAGAGGCACCUCCAGCGCCAGUUGGACCUGCUGCAGGGGGGCACCGGGGCCGGGGUAGGAGGCACUGGGCCGGGGGAGGGAGAAAGGAUACGCAUGGACAGCGUGGGCUCCACCCUCUGCUCCUCCGAGCACUCGGACUCAGACCAAGAGGAGAUUGAGGUGGACGUGGAGUCUACAGAGUUCUCGGAGCACGGGGAACUGGACUCGGUUUCUACGGCCUCCACCAGCGAUCUAGACGACCACAGCAGCCUUCAGAGUCUAGCCAGCGACGAGGGCUACUCCAGCUGCAGCAUCCUCAAACUCUCCUCAGCCUUCUCCGGAUCCUCCUCAUAGGAGAUGGCUGUUGGGUGUAGACUCCUCCCCCCCGGCUCCAAUCUGCAACCUCGGGGGGCUAAAUCAACAUCCAAAGACCAACCACCUGAACCUGUCCAGCGACGAAGGUUACGAGGGCAGACGUUAAUCCAGCGUCCUCGUCAAACUCAGCGCCUUCUCUGACUGGCCGAUUAGAGUUGUCUCCAAUCCCAGCUCCAACCUGCAAAAAACCUUGGCCUCCCACCUCCAUCCACCACCCCUGUUGUGUGUCGUCAUGUCACCCAUCUACAUGUAUCAUCGCCGACUACACCAUCGCCAUGGCAUCCCUCAAGUGGCGCCCUGACAUCCUUCUAACUUCCUGUCUGUAACCCCUCGCCAUCGCACCAUCCGUCGCUCUGCUCCAACUCGCUGCUGAUCCUCAACCCCCAGUCCCCCCCCCCCCCCCCCCCCCUCCGUCCCAAGCAGAAGGUCCAACCCCCCGUAUCGUCCCGAUAACGGGUACAUGAAGAACAGAGAUCGAUCCAAACACAGAACCAACCUUUAUUUUGAGAAUCUGAAUAAGAGCAAUGGUUAGAGAUUAGAUUUUGACUUGGGUGGUUUUAUGAAUGAUUGAAACUGAAGAUGAAAAA